CCAGCUGUCUCCAAUUGUGAAUCCACAUUGUUGUCUUCCAGGACUGUAAGCACGACAUCACCGAGGUUCACUCUGAAGUUUAUACCUACUCCGAAAUUCCACCAAAGUAGCUGACGCCCACAGCACCACAACAAUGUCAAGCGCCGCCCCGAAAAUCAAGCUGAAGGUCGCCGCCGUCCACGCCGCGCCCAUCUACAUGGACAAAGAAGCCACAGUCACCAAGGUAAUCCGCAUAAUCGAGGACGCCGGAAAGGAGGAAAUCAAACUCCUCGCCUUCCCCGAGACCUUCAUCCCGGGAUACCCCUACUUCUGCGAAGCCUACCCUCCACUCGAUCAAGUCAAGGCCCUAGCCACAUACGCCGAGAAAAGCCUCGUCUGCACACCAAGCGACCCCAGCAUCCAACUCAUCCAAGCCGCCUGCCGCUCCGCGAACGUAACCAUAAGCCUCGGCGUCUCUGAACGUCUCCCAGGAGGCUACACGCUCUUCAACUCCCAACUCUUCAUCGACUCCACCGGUGCCCUUCUGGGUGUACACCGCAAAAUCCAACCCACCUUCGCGGAGCGCUUCAUCUGGGCCCAAGGCAGCGGGCACAGCUUGCGGGUUUGGAAACCGGCGCUAGGCUAUAACCUCGGUGGGUUGUGUUGCUGGGAACAUACGUUCAACGGGGCGCGGCAGGCCCUAAUCGAGCAGGACCAGCAUGUACAUGUUGGGGCGUGGCCAGCUUUGUCGACGAUGAAGGGGUUUGAGAGCGUGGCGGAUGCGCAGAUAGAGGCUUUGAUGAAGGCCCAUGCUUUGAUAGCGCAGGUGUUUGUUUUGGCGGUUUCGAAUUACGUGGAUGAGAGCUGCUUGGAGUGGAUGGAGAGGAAUUUGGGGAGGCAGGAGUAUGUGAAGGCUGGUGGGGGAUGGACAGCGGUUAUACACCCCUUUUGCUCGUUUAUGGCUGGACCACAUACUGGGGCUGAGGAGAGACUGGUUACUGCUGAGUUAGAUUUUGACGACUUGGGUCCCAUUAAGGUGUGGAUUGAUGGGAAUGGGCAUUUUAAGAGGCCGGAUAUGUUUAGUUUCAAGGCCGAUGACAGACCGUUGUGGCCCAACGAGGGCGUGGUGCCUGGGUUACUGAAACAGGCAAAUGAUAAGAGGAGUGAGAAGACAGAAACGAAUGAUGAGAGGAAAACCACAAAUGAAGGGGAGGAAAGUGAGUGACGAUGCAUAGGGGUCGCUGUGACCCGUUUGAGCUAAUGUUGGACCUUCAAGGCUACUACAUCAAGACUGCGAGUUAUGGAAGGACGUAUGACCACCACCCAUCGAACC